CCCAAUUAAUUUGCGAUGGCUGUGGUAUCCAGUCUGUCCUGCAAUUUGCAACUUACUCCAAGGAUCAACUGGACAACGGGACAAGAAAAAUCUAUCGUAAAAGAUUAUCCUUUCACCGACCUCACUCAGGAGACGCCAGAUCAAUAUGUUGUACGAACAUAUCUGCAAUUCUUAUGGCUUCCAGAGUCAAUAAUGCCCCUCAAAAUGCUCAUAGAAUCUCUAAAACGCGUGAAUGUCGCGUCUGGUUCGUCGCAACCAGAAGAACCUCGACCACAUCCCCUGCAUGACUUGUUAGAUCCCCUUCUCCAUACACCGCGCUCAGCCGCGCAGAAGUAUCAUAUGGAGCUUCCAAAGAUCCUUCGAAAUGGAGAGGGAGCAGGAGAAAUAGAAGAGACGAUGAUGUGGUAUGUCUUGAGCUACGAGAAGGGAAACCAAGAAGAUGACGUGGUAGGGGGCACGAGCAAUGUCAUUGAGGUCUGGGAAGAUGAUAAAUGGCGUUCAGAUUGGCUGCAAAGAAUGGAAAGGCGAGAAGUUCAGAUCCAAAUAUUGUUGCAUUUCCUUCUUCUAUCACUCCCUGGACCGACUCCACUUCCGCCUCCGCCUCCGCCUGAACUUUCGUCAGUGAAGAGGAGGAAACAAACACGCAAGAAGGCUAUUCCUAUACCGUCCAUAGAAGACCGUCUAGAAGUUUUUAUGGACAAACUUUCGACCUGGCAGCUGAUGGUCGAUUUGAACUCGUCUCCAGUGAAGGACAAGAUCGAUGAUGGACUGGACUGGAUGCAGGCAUUUAGUCGAGACGUCGUUGACCCACAAUUCAGAUCUCUGCUUCCCGAGCAAUGUGACCUCCUUCGGUCCAAGGUUUUCCCUCAAUCCCCGUUCACCGACGAUGAGGACCUGGAAACACAGACUCUUCGGUCCUCAUCACCGGAUUCUCGCCCUAUAAAACGAUUGCGAACAACCUCCAAUACUGCGGCACCACAAUCGGGAGCACCAAAUUCCCGAUAUCUUUCCCCUGCACUAUCCUCUACAUCAUCACGAAUAGAUCGCGAGUAUUCCUCGAAAAAAUCCGGAUCGCGUAAGCUCGAGCGGUCACGUUCCCUUUCUCUUUCUUUAGCGGAGGAAGCAGAGGAACGAAGGCGCGCGGCCAGUACUGGUCCAUCUCGUCGGCUCUUGACCAGAGAAGUUAGUAUGAAUAGGUCGUUCAAGAAUGUGACAAAAGCCUCACAAGAGAAUGCCGACUCCUCACAGUCGCAAUCUACUGCAGUCAAGUCUACCGUCAAACCGAUCAAGUCUGAAAAUAAAGACCAGGGGUUGACUUUGGUGGAAGCAACGCCGGUAAAACCCAGAGAGAAGAGAGUCAGAGCGUUGUCCAGGGCUCCAUCACAAUCACAAUCUCAGAUACUAGUCCCCGAGAGCCCGACGAAACCUGUUGGAGGAUUGAUGGGAUCGCUUUCCUUUCACGCCUCAACGAUAGAGGAAGAAGAGGAGUGGCAACUUCUAGGAAAUACUUCCCCGUCUGUCUUAUAUCUACAUAGAGAGCAUGAUUCGGACGAUGAACUUACCUUAGGUAAGUAG